AUGGCCGAGGAGUUCUCGAGGUCCGUGGAGGACGGUCUCCGCCUGGCCAAGCGCAUUUACUUCGGCAACGACCGUGCGGUGGCGCCGCCAAAGCCACCGGCAUCCAUGACGAAGUCGGAGACGGGGUUCCUUCCGACGGGACCAAUGGUAUACGCUGUGAUCAACGACCCUGCAAUUGUGGACAACCCGGAUAUCCCAAGCUACCAGCCUCACGUGCAUGGCAGGUGCGACCCCCCGGCCCUUAUCCCUAUCCAGAUGAACGCCAUUGAGCUCGUUGCCGAAUGUUACCUUGAUACCGCUCUCGUUACGCUCUCCGGCACGUGGCGCCUCCAUUGCGUCUCCAGCGUCCGCAGCUCCGACUGCCGCAUCGCUGUUCCCAUGGGUGCGCAGGGUUCAAUUCUAGGUGCGGAGGUUAGUGUUAACAAUAACAGGAAAUACUAUUUUACUCAACUAGUUGAUCUCGAAGGUGACAUUCGCAAGGAGAAUUGGUUGGAAGCUCGGGAUGGAGGAUUUCUCAAGCCUCACAUAUUUACCUUUGAUAUACCACAGAUCGAUGGUGGUUCCAUUAUAUCGAUUAAAUUUAGAUGGUCUCAGAAUAUACUAUGCCGCAAUGAUCUGUUCUCCUUGCUAGUGCCAUUUACCUUUCCUGAUUUCGUCAAUCCUGCUGGGAAAAGAAUGUCCAAAAAAGAAGCAAUGCAAGUAAAAGUGAAUGCCGUUACUGGAAAUGAGUUUCAACCUCAUCAAAUGAGUCAUCCUCUAAAGGAAAAGAGGCACAGUGAUGAAGGGACCAAGGUUUUCACUUACGACAGCAAUGUUCUCUCGUUCACAAAAAGUGAUUUCCGGUUUUCAUAUAUUGUCCCUUCAAGUCAAAUAAAUGGUGGUGUUCUUUUGGAAUCUCCAUCUUCUGGAGAUUUUGGUGAAAAAGAGGUGUUCUGCAUGUAUCUUUCCCCAGGAAAUCUUCAGAGUUAUAAGGUAUUCAGAAAGGACAUUGUAUUUGUUAUUGACAUAAGUGGAAGCAUGCGGGGAAAGUUAAUCGAGGACAUGAAGAGUUCCCUAUCAGCUGCUCUCUCUAAGCUUGAUGCUGAUGAUUCAUUUAGUAUUAUAGCAUUUAAUGGAGAGAGCUACCAAUUUUCAUCAUCGUUGGAAUUGGCGUCUAAGGAUAACAUUGAAAAGGCCACUGAGUGGAUUAACAUGAACUUUGUUGCAGGAGGUGAUACAAAUAUUUCAAAUCCCUUAAAAACGGCAAUCGAAAUGUUAUCUGGUGGUCGAAGUUCAGUUCCAAUAGUUUUCCUAGUUACAGAUGGAACAGUCGAAGAUGAGAGACAAAUUUGUGAUAUGGUAAAGAAAAGGAUGGUUAAAAAAGAGUCAAUAUCUCCUCGAAUUUACACUUUCGGAAUAGGUCCAUUCUGCAAUCAAUAUUUCUUGCGGAUGCUUGCUGCGAUUGGAAGGGGCCAACAUGAUACCGCAUUAGAUGUAGAUACUGUUCAGCUUCGAAUGCAGGAGUUGCUUGACAAAGCUUCUUCUCUCGUUCUUGCUAAUAUUACAGUGGAGACAUUCGACAAUUGGGACAAGGUUGAGUUGUACCCUUUCCAUCUUCCGGAUCUUUCAUCAACGGGUCCCUUGGUUUUAUCUGGAAGUUACAAGGGACGUUUUCCAGAAACGGUUAAAGUUAAAGGCGUCUUGGCCGAUUUCAAUAAUUUUGAUUUAGAUGUGAAGAUACGAAAGUUUAAGGACUUGCCUGUAGAAAAGUUAUGUGCAAGAGAUCAAAUAGAUUAUCUGACUGCAAAAGCAUGGCUGUUGGAAAAUAAAGAAUUAGAACAAAAGGUUGUAGAAUUGAGCUUAGAUACUGGAUUUAUGUCUGAGUACACAGGUAUGACAGUUCUUGGGCAUGACCUAGCAAAGAGCAAGCACAAAGCAAAGGGUGUAAAGUACACCACUAGGAAAAGAAGAAACAUCCAAGGGGAGCCUGUGAUCUUGCUCCCAAACAUGGGUAUCGGCUUUGGCGACUUGACCAGAACUAUGGAGAAUGUUCAACCGGGAUGCGAAGAACCAAGGUUGCCCGAUCAAGCUGAGCUGCUUGUUCUAGCAGCAUCACAUUGUUGUGGUAGACUAUGCAACCAUUGUUGUUGCAUGUGCUGCAUCCAGUGCUGUGGCAAGAUAAACCACCAAUUCGCAAAUACAAUUACUCAGCUUUGUGUUGGCAUAGGAUGUUACAGUUGUUUUAGCUGUUGUGUAGAUUUGUGCUGUGCUGAUAUGGAUGGAUAG